AUGGCCAACAGAAAUGUCAGUGUAGUAACUGAAUUCAUUCUCCUGGGACUGACCGAUAACCCUGACCUGAACACUGCCCUAUUCGUGCUGUUUCUCUCAAUCUACCUCGUCACAGUGGUGGGCAAUGCUUGGAUUAUCGCAGUAAUCUGGGUAAGUGCCCAGCUCCAUUCCCCCAAGUACUUUUUCCUUUGCCAGUUGGCUUUCUUGGAUUUCUGCUAUUCCUCAGUCUUUAUUCCUAAGAUGUUGGUGAACUACAUAGCAGGACAGAAAGCCAUCUCCUAUCAUGGUUGCCUCCUUCAGUAUUCCUUCGUCAACAUGUUCUUGACCACCGAAUGCUUCCUCCUGGCUGCCAUGGCCUAUGAUCGGUAUGUCGCCAUUUGCUGCCCACUUCACUACAAAGGCCUCAUGACCCACACAUUCUGUGUCCACUUGGUGACUGCUUGCUACCUAGUAGGUUCUGCUAGCUCACUCACCCACCUGAGCAGCUUGCUCAGCCUGUCUUUCUGUGGGCCCAACGUCAUCAACCAUUACUUCUGUGACAUCCCACUGCUUUUUCAACUGUCCUGUUCUGACACCCAAUCUAGUGAAAUUUUAUUUAUUGUCUUCUCUGGCACAACAUCGGUGACUACCUUUCUGAUAGUGGUUAGUUCUUAUCUGGGAAUCCUCCUCACUGUCCUGAAGUUACACUCCACAAGGAGCAGAUAUAAAGCGUUCUCCACAUGUGCUUCUCACCUCACAGUAGUGACUCUUUUCUAUGGAACAGUGAUAUUUACUUAUCUGGGAAGCAGCUCUAGCUACCCAUGGGAUAGAGCCAAAGUUUUGUCCAUGUUUUAUACUCUUUUGCUACCAGUCCUAAAUUUCCUGAUAUACAGUGUGAGAAAUAGAGAGGCCAAAGAAGCAAUGAAAAGAAUUAUUUUGAGAAAAGUAUUUGCUCAGUGA